GCUCAUCCACAUUUAUUAUUCUUAUUAACACGACGGUCGACCGUUGUAACUAACUAGGUAGGUAGGUUGAUAAUUAAUUCACUUACUUCAUUCAAUUCCUCUUCUCUGUCGUAUCCUUUUACCUCUUCAUUCAACGCCUGGUCACUUCAUACGAACAUCUACAACUCUCAUUCUUCGUCUUUGCAAAGAACUAUUCCUUCUUCCACUCGACAUUCUACACAUACUCUGCCUACAGUUUACUCAGAUGCCAUGUGCCUACCUACUCUCUAAAUUACCCAUCCAGCUGAGUUGGAACACCACCGCAACUAAUCAUCGACUUCCAAGGUAGUCAAAACAGCGCCACCAAGGACGUCGUGGUUUCGUACUUUCGUGCUUCGGUGAUUUGCGAAACCAGAUAAAAUAAAAGAGACCUAUCUUUACCACCUUUUACUCAAGGUCAUCUCACUUUCUAGCAUACGGUUGUUGCUAUCUCAUUAGACAUGUCAGGAAUGCUGGCUGCACAAGCAGGAAAUGCUCGAACGAAUCGAGGAGAGACUUCUCUCGGCGCGGCAAUGCGAGCGCCUUCUACUACCACUCCAGAUGUCGUCGUUCUCAGCUUUGUGGACGAGGAUAUAAAGGUUAAAGAGGCGGCGGAUCCAAAAAAGGAUCUUUGGGUGUCUAGUGUUGACGGUCGCUAUUCAUCGCCGAUGAUACCGGUUCGUGUCGGACCUCAUGCCCAAACCUUCUAUGUUCACCGCGACAUACUCACCAAAUCGGAAUACUUCAGAAAAGCGUUGGAUGGAGGGUUCAAAGAAGCUCAAGAUCAAGCCCUUGAUUUACCUGAAGAGAAUCCUACACUGUUCGAGUUUGUCAUUGCGUUCCUCUAUGAGUCAAAGUACUCUCCUCUGCGUCCUGUCGCAGAAAUCCUCGUUGUCGAACCUGAAAAGGGCAAAGGGAGAGAACAGAACGAAGAUGGAAAUGCUUCGGGUAGUGAUGACGGAUCAGACAGUGGAACCGCAAGCGAUGAAAGUGCCAGAAGUCGGAGAAGACGAGAAACUCGCCGCAGACGUCAAGAGCGAGCCUGGGAACAAAGACAACGAAAGGAAUCUGGACGCCAUCGACCGGAUUGCAAUUGUGCUCAAUGUACCGUAGAAACCUUUGGUCCAACCUGCUGGAACUGUGGCGUGACGAGAAGAAUACCUCCACCCAGAAAUCGUUGGAUGAAUGGUCUCCCCCCACCGCCUCAGCCAAUGCCGGUCAUGGCUCGUAAUGUUUAUCCCCAACCACCCCCUGGUCCGAGAGACCGUAGAAGAGGUUCUCGAAACAAUGCUUCGGAUGAGCCUCCUACAGAGGAGAGAAUGUCUCAAGAAGACUUGAGAACCUGGUCAAUUGCGUAUUCUAUAAGUGUCGAUGUUUACGUUUGCGCCGAGAGAUAUCUGAUGCAGGACUUCAAAAGCUGUAUUUCCGCAUUCAUCGUAAACAAUUUUGAAGUUGCUGGAUCAGAUGCUGCACUACCUUCGGUCUUGAAAUCAUGUAAAACUUUAUAUGAUGGCGUAAGCUCAAUGGAUCCUCUGCUCAAAAAAGUCUUUGCUAGAGUUGGUUUCUUACAAGCUAGAUUGUGGAAGAAGUUUCCCGAGGAAACGUCAAAUUUCUUCAUGGACAAUCCGGAGCUAUCAACACUAAUUCUUAAGGAAAUGGCUGAGAGGAGAGAGGAAGACGUCAAAGAAGACUUGCCUGCUAUGGAUCGUCCUCCAUUGCCACCGUUGCCGAGAGAAGAUGUAAUGCAAGGUCCGAGACGUCGAAAUUAUGGUCCAAUAAUGCCUUAUCACUAACUUUGACAAGACUACAGGCAACAGCGGGCACCACCACAGCGUUACUACGUGCUGUAACAUAUUCUCACGCAUCAAUACUUCAAAAUGUGCAGCAUUUUUCCUUUUGUUUAUGGGAUCAAGGAUCAAGAUGGAGCAAGGGCUCACAUUUCUAACUUUUUUUUAUAGCGUUUUUUCUUAUAUGGGAUACCUUGCAUAGUGAUGCGUAUCUUCUCCUUAUACCCUCAGUGUUUAUGGAAGCAAAGGCUAUUGGGGAGGACUGGCGUUCGAGGGCAGGUCUUGGUCUUGAUCACGUUUACCAGCAUUAAAUUUACUUAGUCCGGAAAAAAUACAUAUUUCGGUGUAGCAAAGCCCGAUA